AGGCUCUUUUGCAUGGACACUCAUAUUCGGCACAUGCAAUGGGGUGCACAGCAGCUGCUCGAUCUAUUAAAUGGUUCAAAGAUCCAAUUACAAACCUUAACUUCACAUCUAAAAAAUCUCAGAAAAUUUUGCUUAGGGAGUUAUGGAUGCGGAACUCAUGCAACAGAUCUCAUUGCAUCUUCUGUAUCAAGGGUGGUUGCACUGGGAACUCUUUUCGCUCUAGAACUGCAAGCAGAUGAAUCUGAUGCUAGGUAUGCAUCUCUUAUGCAAAAUCUCUGGUUCAGAUGCUCCGGGAAGACGGUAUCUAUUGCAGACCUUAGGAAACGUCAUCUAUGUCAUGUAUGGUCCCUGCACAUCCCCUGCAUUCUGCACCCACAACUCCCAAACUCUACACAAAGCUUGAAGAGUUCACCCAGGUCAAAUAAAAGAUGGAACUCAUUUAACUGGUAUCGAAUGUCUCUGCUUUCCCCUCUUGCUAUAGCCUAUAUGUAGGUAGUAUUUUCUGAUCAUGAAUUCACGAAUGAAACUUUUUGGUGAAAUUAUUAUUAUUAAUAUGAUAUUUAUGCCAUCCAUGGUCAUUUGAGCCUGUUAUGAAGUUUGAUCACUUUUAGUA